GGCGCAGGCGCUGCAGUCAUCUGACCGAGCGUUGGGCGACACCAGGAAGACGCAGCUGUUAUGACAGUAAAUGAAGAGAAUAAACACUCAUUCAAAUAAAAUAUCAAUGAACAGCUUAUAACAACUGUCAGCUCGGAAAACAGUCACCAGGUCCGGUACCUUGAACCCUGCCGAUUGGGAUCGGUUACUAUGGAGGAGACGAACAGAGAGGCUGUUGCCACGGCAGUGCAAAGGGUUGCUGGGAUGCUGCAGCGCUCUGACCAACUGGACAAAGUGGAGCAGUACAGACGGAGAGAGGCACGCAAGAAAGCAUCCGUGGAAGCCAGAUUAAAGGCUGCUAUUCAGUCUCAGUUGGAUGGGGUACGAACAGGCCUCACGCAGCUCCAUAACGCUCUGUGUGAUGUGAAAGACAUCCAGAACUCUCUGGCAGACGUCAGUAAAGACUGGAGGCAGAGCAUCAACACCAUAGAGAACCUGAAGGACGUGAAAGACGCAGUGGUUCAGCACAGUCAGCUGGCUUCAGCCGUCGAGAACCUCAAAAACAUUUUCUCAGUACCUGAGAUCGUACGAGAGACCCACGAUCUGAUCGAGCAGGGCGAGCUGCUUCAAGCUCACCGCAAGCUAAUGGACCUGGAGUGCUCCCGCGACGACCUCAUGUACGAGCAGUACCGCAUGGACAGCAAGAACGUCCACGACAUGAACCUCAUUCGUGGCUACUUCGGCCAGGUGCAGGGCCUGUCGGAGGAACUCUCCAAACAACUCUGGAUGGUCCUUCAGCGUGCCAUGGUCACCGUCCGCCGCGACCCCACCAUGCUGGUGUCUGUGGUCCGAAUCAUCGAGCGUGAAGAGAAGAUCGACCGCAGGAUGCUGGACCGUAAGAAGCAGACCGGGUUCAUCCCGCCUGGGAGGCCCAAAUGCUGGAAAAAUCGAAUGAAUGAGGUCCUAGAGGGCACCGUAAGCGCUCGCAUCGAGAGCACGCAGUCAGAAACACGUGAGUCUGACAAGAUGUGGCUGGUGAGGUUGCUGGAGAUCACUAGGAAGUAUGUUCUGGACGACCUGAUCGUGGUCAAGAACCUGAUGGUGCAGUGCUUCCCGCCACACUACAACACCUUCCAGGUGUUCUUAGACCUCUAUCAUAAAUCAGUGUCGGCACGCGUGCAGGAACUCGCAGCAGAAGAUCUGGAAGCCAAUGAGAUUGUGUCUCUUCUUACGUGGGUCCUCAACACGUAUAAAAGUGUGGAUAUGAUGGGUCAUCCUGAUCUGGAGCCCGAGUGUGACGUCAAGCAGCUGGAGCCGCUGCUGCCCCAACACGUGGUGGAUGAUUUGCUGGGCAAAUACCUCAAAACCUUUACUUCAAACAUCACAGGCUGGCUGCGCAAAGCUCUGGAAACAGAUAAGAAAGACUGGCAGAAGGAGACGGAGCCUGAGGCCGACCAGGACGGAUACUACCAAACCACCUUACCUGCUAUUGUCUUCCAGAUGUUUGAGCAGAAUCUCCAGGUGGCCGCACAGAUCAACGAGACCUUUAAAGAGCAGGUGCUGAGAGUCUGUCUGAAGCAGAUGAACUCAUUCCUAGUAAGGUACCGAGAGGAGGCGAUCAACUAUAAGGAGGAGCAUCUGAAAGAUCGUCAGCUCCCGCAGUGCUACGUUCAAUACAUGAUUGCCAUCAUCAACAACUGUCAAACAUACAAAGAGUCUAUAAAUAGCCUGAAAAGGAAGUACUCUCAGUCGACUGAACCCACUCAGAACGACGCCGCCAUAGACAAGCUCCUGAACGAGGUGGCCAGAGAGGGCUGCCAGUUCCUACUGGAUGAAGUCUUCCUGGAUUUGGAGCAUCAUCUUAAUGAGCUACUGACGCGGAAGUGGUUGACAGGGUCUCAUGCUGUAGACACCAUCUGUGUGACCGUGGAAGACUACUUUAACGACUUUUCCAAAAUUAAAAAGCCUUGUAAUCAGAAAAUGACGAGUGAGGCUCAUCGGCGGGUGGUGGUGGAGUAUCUGAAGGCCAUCAUGCAGAAGCGCAUAUCAUUUAAGAAUGCCGAUGAGAGGAAGGAGGGAGCCGACCGGAUGAAGAAAGAAGCAGAGCAGUUCAAAUUCCUCUUCAGGAAACUUUCUGCUGGAGAGGACACAGACCGGCUGUGUGACUCUAUCGCUGCCAUCGCUGAGGUCUUCAAACUGACCGAUCCUGCGCUGCUCUACCUGGAGGUGUCCACCCUGGUGUCCAAAUAUCCUGACAUCAGAGAGGAGCACAUUGUGGCCCUGUUAGCUGUCCGUGGAGAUGCCAGUCGAGAAAUGAGACAGAUGAUUAUAGAGACUCUGAACCAGAACAAACCCUCCUCUUCCUCUGUGUCUCAGCCCGUCUUCAGAGACAUCACUGUGCCAUCCACCACCAUGACCGCCAUGACCUCUAUGGCUGUUCCCAAACUGCUGAAAUAGUCUGACCUUUGACCCCUAGAGCCUUUACUAAGCCGCUAACAGGCCACAGAACGGAGUAUCGACUCCAUUAAUGCACUUUGGAAAUGCAUUCUCUGCCAUCUCAAUGGAAACAUCUCAGUGGAUGAUGAUGUGCACUUGAAUGGAAGCAGCUCGUGUUGAGACUGCAGAUGAUUUAUGAUAACUUGAUGUACAGAAACAUUUUCAGUAUUUUUUUUUUUUUGCCCAUUGUAAAAUGGUUGAAAGCUGAAUUAAAACAAUAGUUCACCCAAAAGCAAAAGUUGUCAUCACUCAAGACUCAUGCUGUUCCAAACCCUUAUGAUUUUUUUUUUUUUUUUUUGUAGUGAAAAAUGUUUUGGGUGUUAUUUUUCCAUAUAAUGCAGCUCUAUUGUAGUUAAUGGAUGUCAAGCUUUAGAAAGACAACACAAGUGUGAUCCACACAGGUUGUGCACUAUAUUCCAUGUCUUAUAAAGCAAAUAUGAUGGCUUUUCAUGUGAACUAUUUAAGUACCUUUAAAAUUGCAUUUACUCUCACAUUAUAUUUCAAAUAUGGCAAUAAAGAUACAUCUGGUUUGAUGUUGUUGACAUCAAAUUUGAGCAUAGUCAUCAAUGUCAACCUUACAAACAAUGGCGACAAAUAGCAACUUAUUUUGUCUGUUAAUCACAAAAAAACGAAUAUAUGUUCAGUAGAAUUGGAAUAUAGUAUUAUAUAGUGCAAUUGACAAUUUUUAUUUUUGGGUGAACUAUCCCUUUAACAAAGCAUGAGGUUGCAUUCAGCAGCGUUUGCGUCGUUAAUUCUCAUGAAUAAUGUACAGUCACUGUUUCAUUAUUUUUUCACUACAGUGCGACACAUUUAGAAACAUCCUGCUGGCUGCUGUCAUGAACUGUAACAAACCACUGAACUCCAUCACAUCUGUUUUCAUUUCAAUAAAAUCUGGGUUAACACUAA